AUGGUAGAGCAAGAUCAUGACACUCUCUACACCCCUGGUCAAGAGUACAGCCAGAACUGUCAUGUCAAGUCACUUGACCAAUACAAAGAAAUGUACCAACAAUCUAUUGAUAAUCCAACAGAGUUCUGGGGAACACAUGCUAAUCAAUUGAUUAGUUGGUUCCAACCAUAUUCUACCGUGAUGUCUGGUAACUUUAUUAAUGGUGACAUUUCUUGGUUCCAUAAUGGCAAGUUGAACGUCAGUUAUAACUGUAUUGAUAGACAUCUGGAGACAAAGCGUGACAAGUACGCCAUCAUCUACGAGGGCGACAGUCCCGACCACGUCAAGAAGAUCACCUACUACGAGCUGUUCCUCGAGACCUGCCGACUGGCCAACCUGCUAAAGUCGCUGGGCGUUCGCAAGGGUGACACCGUCGCCAUCUACAUGCCCAACACGCCAGAGGCCAUCUACUCGAUGCUGGCGUGCGCCCGUAUCGGUGCCGUGCACAGCGUCAUCUUUGCCGGCUUUGGCUUUGACUCGAUCAUCAGCCGAGUGCAGGACGCCAACUGCAAGGUGAUCAUCACGGCCGACGAGGGUAUUCGUGGCGGCAAGACCAUCCCACUCAAGAAGAAGAUCGACGAGGUCGCCGUCCAUUGUCCCUGCGUGCAAAAGGUCAUCGUCUUUAAGAACUCUGGCGGUCCCAUCGACUUUUACCCCGCCAAAGACAUCUGGGCUCACGAGGCCAUGCCUGACCAGCAACCCUACUGUCCAUGCGAGGUGCUCGACAGUGAGGACCCUCUCUUCAUCCUCUACACGUCUGGCAGCACUGGCAAACCCAAAGGUCUGGUGCACACACAAGCCGGCUACCUACUCUACACUACCAUGACUCACAAAUAUGUAUUUGACAUCCAAGAGAAUGAUAUCUUUGCUUGUGUUGCUGAUGUAGGAUGGAUCACUGGUCACUCAUACAUUGUCUAUGGACCAUUGAGCAAUGGAACUACUACGUUCAUAUUUGAAGGAACUCCAUUGCAUCCAACACCAUCUCGCUAUUGGGACAUGGUGGAGAGACACAAGAUAACCCAGUUCUACACUGCCCCCACGGCUAUCCGUUCGCUGAUGAAGUUCCCCGUGUCCUACAUUGAAAAGUACAACAAGAAGUCGCUGCGUGUACUUGGUACCGUGGGCGAGCCAAUCAAUCCCGAGGCCUGGAUAUGGUUCCAUAAGCAUGUUGGCGAGGGCCGUUGCGCCAUCGUCGACACCUACUGGCAGACAGAGAGUGGUGGUCAUUUGGUGACACCAUUGCCUGGCGCCAUCCCAACCAAGGCUGGCAGUGCCACUCUACCAUUCUUUGGCAUCAAGCUGGCCGUCAUUGAUCCUCACAGUGGCAAGGAGUUGACAAACAACAACGUAGAGGGUGUGUUGGCAAUUGAUCGUCCAUGGCCUGGUAUUGCAAGGACAGUAUUUAGGUCACACUCUCGUUAUUUAACAACAUAUAUGAAACAAUACCCUGGCUAUUACUUUACUGGUGAUGGAGUCAAGAGAGACAAUGAUGGAUACUAUUGGAUACAAGGAAGAGUUGAUGAUGUUAUCAAUGUGGCAGGACAUCGCCUGGGUACUGCAGAGCUGGAGAGCGCAUUGGUUGGACAUUCAUCAUGUGCAGAGGCCGCUGUAAUUGGAUAUCCUCAUGAUAUCAAGGGUCAAGGCAUUCUGGCCUUUUGCACUUUGAAGGUUGGCUAUGAGGAGACUGAUGACAUUAGAUCCGCACUCAAGAUUGAGGUCAGGAAGAUCAUUGGACCAUUCGCCACGCCAGAUGUUAUUAUCAUCACUCCAUCAUUACCAAAGACCAGAAGUGGAAAGAUCAUGAGACGUAUAUUGAGAAAGAUAGCAUGCCACGAAUCAACACCAGAUCAACUUGGUGAUAUAUCUACGCUUGCUGAGCCAGAGGUGGUACAGUACCUGAUCGACAAGUUCUCACCCAAAUAA